AUGGACGUUGUACUGGCCGAUGGAACUCAACUUCACGUCACACGCACUACCCAUCCCGAACUCUACUACGCUCUGCGUGGAGCUGCAGAUAGCAUCGGUAUCGUGACUACCUUCUACCUGCAGACCCAGCCCGCCCCGGCACAGAUCGUCAGCUACUCCGUGAACUUCACUUCCGCGCUGAAGUCUUCAUCUUCCGUCGCCGACGUCCUUCUCCAGUUGCAGAAGUUUGCCCAAUCUUCUCCUCUCAUGGACCGUAACAUCACACUUGAGAUCUACAUGAACAUAUUUGGUACCUUCGAAGUUCGAGGCUGGUACUUUGGCGACCGCACACACUUCUCCAGCGCCGUACUUCCCGCCAUGCUUGAAGGUUUGCCCAAGGCCGACAACACAACGAUCGCGACCAGAAACUGGCUCGAUGCGCUGCAGGAUAUCGCAGAAGGCGAACCUCUUGUUGAGCCUUUGACUGGCUACAACAACCACCAGACCUUCUACACCAAGUCCAUUGUUACGAGAGAGGCAAAGCCACUUACACGGCGCGCACUGGAGAGCUUUGCUGGGUAUGUCAUUAGUAAGGGAUUGAGCGCAGACUCCCCAUGGGAGACGUAUAUCUCGCUGUAUGGCGGGAGAGAUAGCCAGAUCAAUGUUCCAUCGCCUGAUAGUGCGGCAUAUUCGCAUCGCGAUUCGCUGUGGGUCUUUCAGGUAAACUCCUCUCCUCUCCCCUUCAGACAACACUCAUCGGUCAGUAUUCUCUAA